UUUUUUUUUUUUUUUUUUUUUUUACCAUUUAUCCCUUUCCCUUUUGCCCAAAAUAAAAACUUUAUAAAUGAGCCAAGAUAUGUCAGACACCGAAUGCAAUACCACAGAACAAAUCAAUGAUAUCUUGUCGCAUACACCUCAGCCGCCUAUUAAAAUUAGAAAGAAGCCAGGACGUAAGCCCAAUCCAGCUUCCCCGGCACUGCGUAAAGCACAAAAUAGAGCCGCACAAAGAGCAUUUCGAGAGCGUAAAGAGCGACACAUGCGAGAACUUGAAAUAGCCAUCAAGCAAAUUCGUGAACAGAGAGAUAAAUUACAUUCAGAAAAUGAACAGUUCAAAGCCGACCAAGAAAUUAUGCGUUCGGAAAACUGGUAUCUGAAAGGAAUCGUACUGACUUUACAGUUGGUAUGUUUCCAGCACAACCUAGUCAUUCCCCAGCACGGACCUUACAUCAAUGAACAGGCUUUGACUGUACUUGCGCAAUCGAUUCCUGAAUCUAUUUCUACUUAUAUUAGCGUCAAUGCUAAUAAUAAACUGCCAAUUCCACCGAAGUUAUUCGGCCAUACCCAUACAAUGAAGCAACGUGACCGAUACCUCUCAUCGGGCUCAAUAGUGAUUACUAAAGGUGGCAUUCACGCUGUACCAGAUGUCUGCAAUUCUCCACGGCAAGAAACAGGCGAUUCAACACCCGCACCAAUGACUGAAUCUACCCCAACUGAAACUUCGACUACUACCCUGGAGGGAACAUUUAGCCCUGAUGUUCCCACUGAUGAAAAUCUUGUGCACCCAUUUGACGAACGAGAAACAAGCAUACCACCACUUUCCCCGGGUUCUGUGCGUUCAGAUUCUGAAUCCCGGGAGUCGCCUAUUCUAAAUUCGUUACAUACUAACAGUAACAGCAAUAUUCCUAAACCAGUCAUGCUAACUGAGGAACCACUCACUUCAAACCUUGCUGCUGUUCAAGCACUCCGACUUCGACUCAGAUUGCAGUCAGCUUGCGUACGAAUGGACGCAGCGCCAUUUGCUAUUCAACCUACUAUUUUGCAGUUGACAAUACCACAUGACCCUCGUAUUGAUUUGAUUCCAACCGCCCACAUGCGGGAUAGAAUGAUUCUUUUUAGAGACCAAUUUGAUUUAGAUGACUGUUUCCGAUGUCUUUUAGGCCACUCUGUGUUUCACGGCGGGGACCCAGCUGUUGCAGCUAACUGGCAAUUACCUCCCGAAUUUUUUGAAAAGUAUUGGUUUUUGACUAUAGACUAUGACCUUCGUCGAACUACCAAUAAGUGGCGACGUCUUCAAGGCUUAAAUGACCUUGAUUUUAAGCAGCAACAGCAACAAGCAGACGGAAAGAAGUCUCAACCUGACUUGGAAGGUCCUCCUACGACGCAGAAAUUGGACUUUACAGAUCUUUCUGCACUCUUGGGUAUUGACUUUUGGAAAAUUGCUCAACAAAAGUGUACACCCUCAAAUAAACCAGUGGAAACCAAUGACGAUUUCUCCUAUGCUUCCUCACUUUCAUCAAGCAAUUCAUUCAACUCGAAUCAUUCGGCACUGCAGGUACCACCAAAUACAGCACAUGAAGAGGAUUCUGCGGACUCUUUCCAACCCGUCCGUCUAACCAAUGGCUAUACAUUUCCCCCGAAAAUUUCAAAAGAACCGUCUCAUCAAAAAUCGCCAGCGAAACGCCACCAUCCAUAUCAAAAACCAACCACAUCCAAACCGUCUGUCACUUUUACACAGGAUUUAGCUAGCACAUGUGAUCCAUGGGAUACAUUGUUAAUAGAUCCAUUGUCAAAUACAGGCGACGAUUACGACAUGUUAGACCUGAAUUUCUACUAAAACUAGCCGUAAAAAUUAAGGCCCUCAAUGUUGGCCUAGCCGUUUCAUCCCACUAUAAAGCUAUAUAUUUUGCACUGUAUCAUGUCAAAAUUUAAAUUUUUUUAUUAUACCAAUUUCAUCAACUUUUUUCUACAAAAUAAACUAUUUGUUGUACAACGCUCGUUGUGUCUCCGCAAACUUCAUUUAUAAUCUAUUAAAUUUACAAAAAAAAAAAAAAAAAAAAAAAA